AUGUCUAAUCUUGUAAUGUUAUCACAUCUUCGUCUUAUAUGUCGUUCAUGUAGUGAAAUAAGUCAUUUAUCAAUAACUGAUUGUCCAUCAUUAACUGAUAAUUGUAUGAAAUCAAUUGGUUCAUUAAAACAAUUACGUGUAUUAAAUAUGGCCGAUUGUUUAUUAAUAACUGAUACUGGUAUAAAAUCUUUAACAGAUGGACCAUGUAUAUUACGUUUACGUGAACUUAAUUUAACUAAUUGUAUGCGUAUAAGUGAUGGUUCAAUGACGAAUUUAUCUCGACGUUGUAAACGUUUAGCUUAUUUAAAAUUAUGUUAUUUAGAUCAAGUAUCUGAAAAUGGUUUAGAAUUAAUUGGACAAAUGGAUCAAUUAAUAUCAAUUGAUAUAACGGGUACACAAACAUCAGAUACAUCAUUAAAAUCUUUAGGAAAUUCUGGUAAUUUACGUUCAGUAACAUUAUCAUCAUGUCGACAAAUAACAGAUUUAGGUUUAACAAAAUUUGCAACAUCAUGUACAAAUCUUGAAUAUUUAAAUUUAUCAUUUUGUACACAAUUAACUGAUAAUGCUAUACGUUCAAUGGCAUUUUGUUGUAAAUAUUUAACAACAUUAAAUAUAUGUUCAUGUUCAUUAUUAACUGAUAUGAGUUUACAAUAUUUAAGUGGUGUUUGUAAAUAUUUAUAUGAAAUAGAUAUAUCUUAUUGUCAAUUAAUAACAGAUAAAGGUUUAAAAUAUUUACGACGAAAUUCUCAUUAUCUUAAACGUAUUAUUCUUAUUGAAUGUCCAAAUAUAUCACGUGCUGCUAUUGAUAAACUUGUACUUAAAAUACCUUAUGUUCAAUAUCAUUAUACAAAUAAACCAUCCGAGCUUGCAAAAUGA